GAAAAAGAUAACCUCCAAUUAAAUCACCAAUUCACGUCUUCCCUUAUUCUCAAAAACGUGUCCAAUUCCUGAGCUUGCCACCAUUUUCCCUUUUCUCUGCAAAAGCAAUCUUCUCAGUUUCCCAAUGACCCCUAAAUUCACUCAAUCUCCUUUCCUCAUUAAUGCAUUCCCAAUUCUAACAAUUUUAUUCUAUAUCUAUACAUAUACAUUAUAUGUAUCUAUAGAUUUCAUUUCAUGUAUAUAAAAGGGGUUGGUUGCAUUUAGUCCUUGUCAUAUACUGCUGUAAUUUUUUUCGAAGGUCGUGUUCGGUGUUUAUGUCCAUUGAUCGUCUUUUCUUCAUUUCGCCGGCUUUUAAUCUGCGCCGUUGACACGUGUCUUCCUUCCUUCUGCGAUAUUUCUCUUUGUGUUAUGAAGAAGCCCCGUAUUGAAUUAUUCAAUUUCGACUUGCCUCAUUUCUCUUCUCUUGGUUCUUCAUUUUGUUCUGAGUUUUCUGAGUUUAAUUUCUCAUGGAAUUACCUUGAUCCCGUUUUUCUUCAUUCUGUGAUUGUUGGUGGAGCAAAAUGGAGGAGCUCAUUGGGAACAUUGAUUAUGGCAGAUGUGUCUUUCCCUUGACAAGUUUGCAAAUUGGGGACUUGCAGUCCUAUCUUUCACAUCUUUACCUUUUCCUUGCCCCUGAGAGUAAGAGAUGCUAUAUCUUGGUGGACAACCGUCCGUGGCUUAGAGAUCUUGUUUCUAGACCUGCACACUUAUGGCAACUGAUGGUUACCAAGUCCAGGUUAUCUCCCUUUGCGAAUACCAGAGGGCGGAAGCAGAGGAAGGAGGGUGGAGAUAUGUUGGAUAUGAAAUCUGUUCCUGAAUUAAGCACGAGCGAGUCUGAAAAUGUUAGAAGAUGGUUUCCCUUUAUUGAUGCUGCAACAUUGUCCCGGAAGAGGGAAUUAUUACCUGUAAAGAAACUGAGAAGCUCUUUGAUCUUGAAUAGCAAAUUGCAUAGGACAUUGUACGGGUUCAUUGUGUUUGAAGUUGACUGGAAUGAUGUGCGUGGUAUAAAUUAUUUCAACGAGCUUCAGACAGAUACAUCACUUGCCAUAGAGACAAAAUUCAUGAAAAGAUGGGAAUUUGAUAGUGUGACACAAGCUGCUAGAUGCAUGUCUUCAUGGUUUCCUGGGACUGGCACGGAGCACCGUCUUCUGAAAGUGUUUCUGGAAUCUACUAUAGGAGAUGUAUUCUAUGAUGCCCAUGACAAUUUUCAAUGGACAACUGAUGUGGCUGACAGUGAUGCUUCUACUUGCAAUUCAAGUGAUGAGGAUGAAUCUCCUUGCUGUUCAGUUAGAAGUUUCAGUACAUACCCUGCAGCAGAAAUUAGCGAAAAUUCUCUGCAAACCCCAUCUCCACCUGAUGGACCUCAUAAUAGAAGAAAACUUUUGAAGUCUCUCAGUAAACGAUUAAAUGUUGAUUUGCUCUCCGAGGAGCCCUUCUCUGAAACUAUUGAAUCACAGCUACAUGGCGAGACCUCUGACAACAGUACUUCUGAAGUUGUUGAAGCCACCCAGUACAAGGAUGUUUUGCUUUUGUUUCGGUUUAAUGAUCGUGAUCUCCCUUUCAAACUUAGAGACAUUAUUCUUUUGGAUUUACGGUUGCUUACUCUACUGGAAGCUGGGCUUCCUUCGUGGGUCAUAUUUCUCCAGUCUUAUCCAGUAUUUUGCCAUAUUUACCGUCCAUGGAUGUGUCCUCUAGCAAGAUUUUUAUAUGUCGUAAUCUCUAUAGUUACUGUUCUGAUUGGAUUCUAUGAUCUAUACAAGAAUGUACCCGUACUCAAAGCGACAGCAUCUAGUUUGUUUGGGCCCCUUUUUGAUUGGAUUGAAACAUGGGAAAUGGUAUCAAGAAUUCAGUACUUGGGGACCAUGCUAUUUCUGCACAAUUUUCAAAAGGCCUUUAAGUGGUUCCUCAUGACAACGCGUACUAUUCGGUCAUUUUUCUCCAUUCUCGCACAGCCAAUGGCUGGUCCACUUGUUGUGUUCGUGGAAUUCUUCCUUCCUUUCUGGAAUGUGUGUACACAAAUUAUGGUGGAUUUCUUUUCCGUAAUAUGGUUUACAGUCUGGUCUUCUUACUCUCUGGUGGGAAAAAUUAUUGAGAUUUUAUUACUACCUCUGUGGUAUGUCAUCUCGUUUGUUUGGAUUCUUGUGACAUCUUUAUUUUACCCCAUCUUUUGGAUUCUGUGGGAGAUUAUCUACGCUCCAAUUCGCCUGGUCUUUGGUUUUUCUAGUCUUCUGGGAUUUUUGUGUACUUCUAUAUAUGAAGUGAUUCAGGAUUCAUGGCUGUUCGUAAGUAGCAUAGUUCGAGUUACUUCUCAAGUGGAGUCAACAGUGACCUCCGGUGGGGUUUCAAUAUGGCGUUCUCUUUGGAAUGACCUUUUCUCUCAGGUUUUCCGAGCUCUUCGGAGUAUUCUCUAUGGUUUUGUUGCCUUCUUCACAGCUUGCAAUAGACACAGGUUAAGUAUAUAUAACCAUUCAAGUGAGUUCAUACGACGAUUAUCUGCUAAAAGGUCUCGGUUAGAAUCUAGUCGCAGUGCACAAACAUCAGGAGCGCAAAUCACAUGGGUAGAUACAGAAGAAGCACAGCACCAGCGAAAGUUCAGAAAGAUCGAAUGAUGAGUAGAAACUCCACUCCUUUUAACAUGUAUAGCAAAAUUAAGUCCACUGUUGACCAGGAAGUUUUCGAGGUGCGGCAUGUAAGAUAUGGUAAAAGGGGAAAUACAUCAUAGGAAAUUAGUUUGUUGGUUUCUCCUUUGGUCCUGCCCUUGUGGUUUUUGUUGUAAUUUUCUUUUUGAUGGUCUCCUUAUAGUUUCAAUCCGCCGCCGAGGUUGGAGCAUAUCGGAAAAUCUGUAAAUAGUGAACAUGAGGAUGCUUUUUGCUAUACAAAGUACAGAGUUAGUUUCCAAUGCUUGCUUCCUAAAUCCUAAUUCCACAAUUCCACUUAA